GACAGCCUCCCCUUGAGGCGCGCCUGCGCUCAAAGCCCUCUGAAGAACUUCGGGAACUGGACAGGGCGGAAGUGCGCCUGCGUAGCAGUUGGACGAUGUUUCAAUCUAGGAAUUGGGUUUUUUUUUUAAAAAAGGUGAAGUUGUAAAAUAAGAAAUUGUGGAAUUUUUCUCCAUAAUAGGUAGAACUUGGACCUACCUACAGCAUUUGCAGCCAGGUUCCGAAGAGUAAUCAAUGCAUUCCUUCUAACAGAUAUUCCUGGAUCUGAAAAUGAACAAACAAAAGGCCAUGUCCGAUGAGCAGGUUGUAAACUUUGACCAGUUUGGCCCAGAUAUUCUUGCUGAAGUUGAAAAACUGUUCCAGAAGACCUUUUCGUACAGCAAACCAGCCAACAAUGAAUGGCAGCUGCCUGAUCCCAACCAGGUUUUCACCUCCCCUCACAAAGUGUUCGGUUCUCUUGAAGCGCUCAAGGAUUCCUUGAACGAAGUCAAGAAUAAACUCAGCGAUAAGCAACUGGAUGAGUGGCACCAGCACACUUCCUUCACCAACAAAGCCGGGAAAGUUAUUGCCCAUGUCAAGAAAUCGGUCAAUGCUGAAUUGUGCACUCAGGCGUGGUGCAAAUUCCACGAGAUCGUUUGCAGUUUUCCUCUUCUCCCGAGCGAUGCUCUUCAGAACGGCGAACUCAACUCGGUUCAUCUGUGCGAGGCCCCCGGCGCUUUUAUCGCCAGCCUCAACCACUAUCUGAAGUCUCACCGCAUCCCUUGCGAUUGGAACUGGGUGGCCAACACCUUGAAUCCGUAUCACGAAGCGAAUGACACCCUCAUGAUGAUUAUGGAUGACCGACUUAUUGCCAAUACUUUGCCCUGGUGGUAUUUUGGUCCGGAGAACACCGGAGAUGUCAUGAGCCUGAAUCACCUCACAGGACUGCAGCAUUUCAUAAGCAACAUGGCCACCGUUCAUUUGGUCACCUCCGACGGGAGUUUCGAUUGCCAAGGCAACCCAGGCGAGCAAGAGACGCUGGUUUCCCCGUUGCACUACUGUGAAACGGUCACUGCUCUCAUGACGUUGAGUCCUGGGGGCUCUUUUGUCCUGAAGAUGUUCACCUUGUUUGAACAUAGUUCGGUGAAUUUGCUGUUUCUCCUCAACUGUUCCUUCGAGGAGGUUCACGUUUUUAAACCUGCGACGAGUAAAGCAGGGAAUUCUGAGGCCUACGUGGUUUGCCUGCGCUAUUUGGGCCAGGAGGCCAUUCACUCUGUCUUAUCUAAGAUGCUGCAGAACUUUGGGUCAGAACUGGUGGCCAAAGCCCUGUUUCCCCAGCACUUGAUUCCAGAGUCAUUCCUCAAGAUCCACGAAGAAUGCUGUUUAUUCUUUCACAGGCAGCAAACCGAGACCAUUUCAGAGAACCUCCGGCUCUUUGACCAUAUGGACGAGGCGGAGCAGGCCAGGUUAAACGCUUUGCGGGACUGCUGCGUCAAAUAUUUCCUGCAGAGGUUCCAAUUGAAACCCCUGACCCGAAACAACUGGCUGGUGAAGAAGCCUCACGCUGGCUACAGCAUGAACUCCAAAUGGUUUGGACAGAGGAACAGGUAUUUCUGCACCUACAAUGAGAGGAAACUUCUGGAAUCCCUCUCCUGGGAAGAUAAGGUGGUAAAAGGAUGCCUUAACCAGUGGAUUGAUGAACACGUUCUCAGUAAUGUUGGGAAGGGCUGUGUUUUAGAAGGAGCACCUGGCAACCUCGACUGUCAUUUAUGGUAUAUCUUAGAAGGCCAGCAAUUGCCCAGAGUUAAAUUUUCUCCCUUCUGUGGCGGUGAGGUAUUGAAGAGCCUCAACGAGGCCAUUGAAAAAUCUUUGGUUGGCCAAACUAUUCAUGGUGACCUUAUCCGGACGACGUACGCAGAAUGCCAAUUUUGCUGUGUUCUUACCGCCUCAUCGGUGCUGUCUGAAUUAUCAGAACUUAUGGAACAUCGUGAACCUGCUCCAGAUAAAGAUAGCGCAAGCCAAAGAAAGUGCUUGGUUUUAGGUUUCCCGCUGUUUUACGAUGAUGAAAGCCGGUCUGGCUUGGAAAUUAAAAACGUGGAGUCAGCCCGUCUCUUGGCUUUUAGCUGUACUUUACUGCAUGACGGAGAACCAAAAUAUCAACUGCAUUUCCUAGAAUGCCUCUUGGGUGCAUUUCCUCAGCUUGAAAAAGGAGAUGCGUUGGCUUUGCCUAUUCUUUCUUGCUUCACCCGCUUUAUGGCUGGCUUAGUCUUCAUAUUGCAGAGCUGUUUCCAGCGUAUUUCCUUCGCUUGCCCCACAUCAUCUCAGCCUCUGAGAACCAAUGCCGUCUUGCUCUGUGUUGGAUAUCAAGGUCUUCCAGACUCAGUUUUCCAGUACCUGCAACAGCUAAAUGAAAUUAUGAGAACCCUGCUCGACUCAAAGUCCCCACAGCAGGUCUUACGAUUUGUACCGAUGGAGAACCUGCUGAAGGGAUUACUAAUGGAGUUCCUAUGGGACCUCAAUACUGCCAUUGCAAAAAGACAGUUGCAUCUGGUUGUCCAAAUUGAACAGCAGAAUAUGACAUGAGGAGGCUACAGCUUUUCUAGUUUGGCUAGUUAGACAUGUAUUUUUUACCUCUAGGGAACAUGUUUAUAUCUCAUGAAGAUAUGUCAUGAACUGCUGAGGAAAAGGAGAAGUCUAAGCAGGAAUGGAUAAUCCAUGGACCCUGAAGCACUGUUAUAUUAUGUCUCUCGGCUGCCCCAUCCAGCCUGGUCAAUAGUAGGGAUAUCAGUGAGAAUUGAUUAGGCAAUAACUGGAGCACCGUAUAAGUUCCCUACUUUUCAUUUCAGGCAGAGCUGUCAAACUCCCGGGCCCACGGGCCGGAUGCAUCAUGCGCUGGCCAUGCCCACAUCCGGUUUAGCAAAAUGGAGGAAAAGUCCCGAUACAUCAUGUGACACCGCUGUGACACCGUUGAGUUUGACACCCAUGAUUUAAGUAACAUUAGGAGCCCUGGUGGCGCCAGUAGUUGGAAUGCGGUAUUGCAGGUUAACUCUGCCCACAGCCUGGAGUUCGAUCCUGACAGGUCUCGAGGUUGACUCAGCCUUCCAUCCUUCCAAGGGCUGCAAAAUGAGGACCCACCUUGUUGAGGGCCAUAUGCAAAUAAUGCUUCUACAUUGUAAACCACCCGGAGAAUGCUAUAAAGCAUUACAGGGUGGUAUGUAAUUCUAAGGGCUAUUGCUAUUGCUAUUGCUAGAAGAACUUCUAUCUGUAAUCCAGGUUUCUCCAUAUAUGGUGUUUUCCAUGUGUGUUGGAAUGACAAGUCUCGGAAUUCCCAAGAAGAGACCAUGCUGACUGGGACAUCUGGAGCUGCAGCCGUGGCAUUUAUGGAAGAGGGCUAGGAAAAAUUGCUUUUGACAGACCUUGCUCAAGGCUGCUUUUAUGGAACCUCUGGUUGCAGAGAACGUAUUAAUUGGGCACAUAUUCGAGGGAAUUAGCUAGGUAUGUUAAAUAGACCAGAGCUUUGCGGUGGGAGCAAGUACCAUAAAUUAAAGUUUCACUUUAAUUAAACUGAGCCGCUAUUUCAGAAUAAUGGUUUUGUAUAAGAAGUAAUCAAUCAGAAUAGAGCUGGAAGGGACCAUGGAGGUCUUCGUCCAACCGCCUGCUCAAACUGGAGACCCUAACCUUUUUGCCAUCGCAUGCCAGGAGGAGGGGCAGCGGGGGGGUUACGCGCGCGUGCCCACACCCAUAAUUCUAUGCGCGCCUUCCCCCUCUCUCCCCCGCUCCCGGCACGCGAUGGCCUGGUAGGUCCGUUUUUCUCUCUCACCUGGCUCCAGAGCGCCUCUGUGAGUCUGGGGAGGGCAAAAACAGCCUUCCCCACCCCGUCCGGAGGCCUUCCGGAGGCCAGAAACUGCCCGUUUCCCAACUUCCAGUUGGCAGGAACUGACUUUUUUGCUGUCCCCAGCCUCCAGAGACUCCUAGAGAGGCUCUGGAGCCAGCUGAGAGAGAAAAACAGGCCUUCCCCACCACCCCCCAGGCCCUCCGGAGGCAGGAAACAGCCUGUUUCCCUACUUCUAGUGGGCCCAGAAGGCCCGAAAAUCAGCUGGCCAGCGCAUGCAUAUGCACCGGAGCUGAGCUCACGUGCCCGCUGUUAUGGCUACGUGUGCCACCUGUGGUUCGCCAUCACGGCCCUAUACCAUUUCAGACAAGUGGCUGUCCAGUCUCUUCUUAAAAACCUCCAGUGAUGAAGCACCCACAAUUUCCGAAGGCAAUCUGUUCCACUGGUUAAUUGUCCUCACUGUUAGGAAGUUUCUCCUUAAUUCCAGAUUGCUUCUCUCCCUGAUUAGUUUCCCAUUCAUUGUUUUUUGUCUGGCUUUCUGGUGCUUAGAAAAUAAGUUGACCCCCCCCACCUCUUCUUUGUGGCAGCCCCUCAAAUACUGGAAAACUGCUAUCAUGUCACCCCUAGUCCUUCUUUUCAAUAUAGUCCAAGGAUGACUACAAGAGCCACUUAAACCUAGCCACCGACCAUGAACCUGGUGGCUUUGUUCACAUGAUAUAACCGUGGAACGUAGUUGAUGUGGUUGUAUUUGCAUGCUUGUAAAGAGCCCGCUCCCAAGUCUGUGUGUAGCUCUUUAGUAAAACACUGUCGCGUAUCCUGUUGUGGAGGCUUCAGCGGCGGCCAUUUUGGAUGUUGGAAAGGUUGCCGUGUAGCUUUGUUGUAGAUUAGGAUGUGAAAAAUGUUUUGAACCAAAUGCUUGCAUGUCUGCAAAUUAAUUUUGAUAAGUUCUUACAUUGCUUUUUCUUACAUUGCUUUUUUUUUAAAAAAAGGUACUGCUGUUGCUUUAGGAAAUUUUAAAGCACUAGCACCUAUUUUUCAUGCUGCUUGCUUUUAAACAAGGAGGUCUGAAGCACUUCUGGCAUACAUUUUUUCAAAUAUGUGCACAGAACUAGAAUUGUGACAAUGCCUGCCAAUUACCAUAUUUUUCGGAGUAUAAGAUGUACCGGAGUAUAAGACACACCUUAGUUUCUGGGGAGGAAAAUAAGAAAAAAGCUGAUUGGCAGGUGGAUCGGCCUCCGGAAUACCCCCAGUCAGCUGUUCCCAGAGGUGAAUUUUAGCAACAGGUUCCUUGGUUAUGAGCUCUGUGCCUUGCGCUUUUUUUUUUUUUUGCUUUUUUUUCUACCUCUGAAACUUCUGAAACUCUGUUUCAGAAAAAACUUUUUUUCUGGGCUCUGAAAGCUUCUGAAACAGAGCUUCCGAAAAAAAGCUUCUGAAGCUCUGUUUGGGGGCUUCUUUUCUGAAGCUUCCUUUCUGAUGCUUUUUUCUCUGAAACCUCUGUUUGAGAAGCUGGGCGGGGCUACAUUCAGAGUCUAAAACGCACCCAGAUUUUCACCCUCUUUUUGGGAGGAAAAAGGUGCGUCUUAUAGUCCAAAAAGGGAAGUGUUGGAAAAUUAAUUGCAAACUGUGGGUAGUGAUAAAGGAGAAUGUUUGUAGCUCAGAGUUGAAAUGAGGGGUCCUUGGUGCUCUCCGGGGUUGGUUGUUUCCUUUUAGACGUUUUAUUACCCAUACUAGGUAACAUCAUCAGUGCAAUUAGAAGGUUAUUUAGUUUCGAUGACGGAACGUCUGCAAGAAAGCAACUGAGCAAAGAGGGCACCAAGGAUCCCUCAAGCCAGUAGAAAUAAUAUUGGGUAACAUUGCAAAAAAAAAAAUAUUGGCUGGUUGAUAGGCUUCUGCUCAGCUUUCUGCCUUAGGUGGUCACUACUCAUAGUGGUGAGUACAGGCAGUCCUCGAUUUACGACCACAAUCGAGCCCAAAAUUUCUGUUGUUAAGCAAAUCAUUUGUGAAGUGAGUUUUGCCCCAUUUUAAGACUUUUUUUGCCACCCAGUUGUUAAGUGAAUCUGGCUUCCCCGUUGACUUUGUUCGUCAGAAGGUCGCAAAAUUGGAUCGUAUGACCCUGGGACAUUGCCAUCAUCAUAAGUACGAGUCAGUUGUCAAGGAUCCAAAUUUUAAUCACGUGAUCAUGGGGAAGUUGCAAAGGUUGCACCUAUGAAAAACGGUCGUAAGUCACAUUUUUCAGUACCGUUGUGACUUUGAGCAGUCACUAAGCGAACCAUGGAGGACUACCUGUAUUCAGUGGGUCUAUAAAGCUGCAUGUUCGACUUCUAAAUCAUAAGCUUCCUUAUGGUUUUUAUGCCUUGAGCGAGAAUUCCUGUGCAUUUUAAAACUCAAAUAUCUAAAUUGUGCAAGAUGAGGCUUUUGCAAGGAUGUUACUGUGAUUUGGGGGGGAAAAAAACUACUGCACAAGAUGUUAUUUUAUAACAUAUAAAGGGACCAAGGGAAGCGACUGAAUGCUUGAUCUCAACAGCACCUUACAUUAAAAAAUAGCUCACUAAUGAGUCUUAUCAUUGGUCCAUCUGGCAUGCUGCUGUCCACAAAGAUCAGCUCUUCAAGCCGCCAAGCAGAGAGUGCAUAUUAGCCGCACAAAUUUUGCGCUCUGUGAUUACGUAGGGCAGAGUUUUUAAACCUGGAUGCUAUCAGGGCAUGCUAGACCACAACUCCCAGGUUUCUUAGCCAGCUGUUGUGGCCUGCCGACCGCAGGCCCCUCCAGCAGCUGAAUCAGAGGAGGAGGCGUGGGAGUCAGAGUGAGUGUAAGGGCAACCUGAGAGCUCCGAGGGGGAAGAGGGAAUGGAGCUGUCAGAGAUAGAGACAGAGGCGGAGCCUGGGUCGUCCGUCAGCCCUCAAAUGGAGAGUCAACAGCCCGCAGGUUUGGAGGUGGCUGAUGAGGAAGAGGAGGAACAGCUGGGUCCAGUGCCUGAUGCACGGAUGUGCAGAAAGCAGAGGAGAGGAGAGCAGUGGAAAUCCAUGGGCCGAUCCUUGGGAUGGAAGAGCCACCGCUGCUAGCGAAGCCCCACCCUAAUUCUGGGGAUAAAAGGCAGAGGGCGGAGAUGAAUAGAUGUGGCAGACAACUAUUCAUCUCCCUGCUGGACAGGCUUGGUAGCCUGAGGUGAGAGAGAAACUUUUUGCCGGGGCUGCUGGCACUCCUAAUAAAGGAAUCAUUGAUUUAA